UAUCCUGGCUCACUCAGGACCUGGAGCUCAAGCCAAACUUUUGGAUUUGGAUACAACAUCCAGGACAUGUCCACCACAAUCCCAAUAUUCCUGACAGGCCUCUGCUUCCUGCUGGCUAAACCACUUGUUGCAGGCGGUAGCAGGAUUCUAGUAGUGCCUGUUGAUGGCAGCCACUGGAUCAACAUGGAGGUGAUCCUCCGAGAGCUGCACUCCAGAGGCCACAACAUCACUGUGCUGCGCUCUGCCAAGAGUUGGUACAUCCCUAGUAACUCCCCCAUAUAUACUUCUAUGAAUGUGAGCAUGCUGGAGGAUGAUGCAGACAAGAAUUAUUACAAUAAAAUGCUACAAGAUGUUAUGGAGUGCCGCAGGUCGCUGUCUUUUAAACGCACCUUCUGCCAGCAGCACUUGAUCACAUCCAUGUUGGCACAGGGCCAUAAAAUCCUUGCUAGAGCAACAGCUACAAUGUUGGAUGACCCUGUUUUCAUGAAGAAGCUGCAGGAUGCAAAGUUUGACCUAAUGUUAACAGACCCUGCUCUGACUAUAGGAGUUCUUCUGGGUAGUUACCUCAAGCUGCCGAUGGUUUACAAUGUGCGCUGGAUUAAUACUGGGGAGGGCCAUUUCACCAUAGCUCCCUCUCUUAUCUCCUAUGUCCCUGUGUCAGGAAGUGAACUGCAUGAUCAGAUGGAUUUCCUGGAGAACAAGAAUAUGCUACAUUAUCUCCACAGUGUUGUUGAACAGCACUUUAUCAUUAACCCUGCUUAUUCAGAUCUGUUUCAGCGGCACUUCCCUCCUGGAACUGACUUGCUGUCUUUGCAGCGUGCAGCUGAUAUCUGGCUGCUCAGGGCAGAUUUUGUCUUUGAGUUCCCUCGACCCACCAUGCCCAAUGUGGUCUACAGGGGGUUCCACUGCAAAAAGGCCAGACCUCUCCCUGCUGAGCUGGAGGCCUUCAUGCAGAGCUCUGGGGAGCAUGGGGUGGUGAUUAUGUCUCUGGGGACAUUCGUGUCAGCCCCUCGAGAAGUCACAGAGGCCAUCGCUGCUGCUUUUGCUCCUCCUCAGAAAGUGGUGUGGAGGUUUCUGGGUGAAAAGCCUUCAUCUCUGGACAACACCCUACUAGUGGACUGGCUGCCUCAGAACGAUAUUCUGGGACACCAAACUCGUGCCUUUGUGGCCCAUGGAGGCACCAAUGGGAUGUAUGAGGCCAUCUACCAUGGUGUUCCUGUUCUGGGCCUGCCGCUCCUCUUUGACCAGUUUGACAAUCCUCGGCUGAAGGUGCGCGGGGCAGCUCGAGUGGUGGAGGCCAAAUCACUCACUAAAGACUUCCUUGAGGCUCUAAAGGACAUCCUGGAGACUCCCUCAUAUCGAAGCAACAUUCAACAUCUCUCCCUGCUACAUCGUGACCAACCAAUGUCUCCUAUGGACACUGCCAUCUUUUGGAUUGAGUAUGUCAUUAGGAACAAAGGAGCGGCCCAUCUGCAGUCAGCAGGUUUUAGUCUGCCUUGGUCCUACUUCUGCCUGGAUGUGGCUGUAUUAAUCAUGGCCCUCAUUGGAGCCCUUGUCUGGGCAUCAAUCUUAAUAUGUAGGUUGCUCUGCUGCCAGAGGUUCAGGAGAAAGAUAAAAGCAGAAUGA